AUGAAUUUCCAAUAUGUUCCCCCUUUUGAGCUCACUUUCAAGCAAACACUAUCUUUUCACUUACCAUAAUAUUUUUCGCAGUUGAAACAACUUUCAUAGAUGCAUAUUAACCUAACCAGAUUGAUAUAAUAAUCACACUUAAAUUGUUAUUUUUUACAUCCGAACAUCUGUUUGAAACGUUAUUACUGCGGCGUGAAAUAUUAGUGAGUAAUAUUAACUUUAACUGACUCAAAUGGACUUUGACUGGACGGAGGAGGAUAGACUGGGAAUGAGUCUGCAGCCUGGCUCCGUUUCCAUUGAGAAGGACAGUCAGAACCUCCUCGGCAUCAGCAUAGGGGGAGGGGCACCACUAUGUCCAUGUUUAUACAUUGUACAGGUGUUCGACAACACUCCAGCGGCCAAAAGUGGAGUGCUGGAAGCAGGGGAUGAGUUGAUGGCUGUCAACUCCACUUCUGUCAAAGGGAAGACCAAAGUGGAAGUGGCCAGAAUGAUCCAGAAUGUGAGGAAUGAAGUGACCAUCGGAUACAACAAACUGUCCUGCGAAGCCAGUCAAGGUAAGUCGUUCGACAUAGUGCUGAAGAAGAUGAAGCACAAGAUGGUGGAGAACAUGAGCUCAUCCACUGCAGAUGCUCUGGGACUCAGCAGGGCCAUACUAUGCAAUGAUGGACUCAUUAAGAAGAUGCAGGAGAUGGAGAAGAUAGCGGCCAUAUACAGAGGAAUGAUGAACAACACUCGUGGUCUGUUGUGGGGGUAUUUGAGGAUGGCCCAGGCUCACCGACUGAUGGGGGAGGUGUUCUCCCAGGUGGGGGCCAAGGAGCCCCAGUUCAGUGCCAGUGAGGGAUUCCGCAAGUACGGAGAAGCACACAGAAGCAUGGAGAAGUUUGGGGUGAAGUUGGUGCGAACAGUGAAGCCAAUGGUGAGUGACCUUGACACGUAUCUGAACAAGGCCAUCCCAGACACCAAACACACCAUCAGGAAGUACGCUGACGUCAAGUUCGAAUAUCUCUCCUUCUGCCUCAAGGCGUGA